GCUUUCAGGAUGAUGUCAUUCAGGCAGGCGGCUUAUUUCACUUGCUUGUUUGUUACCGUUUCCUGUGGAUGCCUGACUCAACUGUACACAAACACCUUCUUCAAAGGCGGGGAUCUGACCGCCAGGUACUCCCCCAACGCUGAGCACUGUCGGAUGAUGUGCACGCUCCAUCCUAGGUGUUUGCUCUUCAGCUUCCUUCCUGAAAGUGCCACCAACGACACAGAUAAAAGAUUUGGUUGCUUCCUGAAAGACAGUAUUACAGGAACUCUGCCAAAAAUGUCACGGGCAAGUGCAAUUUCUGGACAUUCCUUAAAGCAGUGUGGCCAUCACAUAAGUGCUUGCCACCGAGACAUUCAUAAAGGCAUUGAUAUGAGAGGAGUCAAUUUUAAUGUCUCUAAGGUUGAAAGUGCUGAAGAAUGCCAAAAAAAGUGCACCAACAGCAUUCACUGCCAAUUUUUCACAUACGCCACUCACACAUUUUACAAAGCAGAGCACCGGAACACCUGCCUGUUAAAGCACAGUACGGGAGGAACCCCCACCAGUAUAAAAGUCCUGGCUAAUGUGGCCUCUGGAUUCUCACUGAAGCCCUGUGCACUCUCAGAAAUUGGCUGCCACAGGGACAUUUUCCAGCAUCUCACGUUUUCCGAUGUGGACGUUGCCAGAGUUCUUACCCCAGAUGCUUUUGUAUGUCAAACCAUUUGCACCUACCAUCCUCGCUGCCUCUUCUUUACUUUCCACACAAAGGAGUGGCAUCUGGAACUGCAAAGAAAUGUUUGCGUUCUUAAGACUUCCAGAAGCGGGACGCCAAGUUCCCCAACUCCUCAGGAAAACACCAUGUCUGGAUACAGCCUUUUAACCUGCAAGCGAACUUUGCCUGAGCCCUGUCACUCCAAAAUUUACUCAGGAGUUGACUUUGAAGGGGAAGAGUUGAACGUAACCUUUGUUGAAGGAGUGAAUGUUUGCCAAGAGGCUUGUACUAAGAUGAUUCGCUGUCAGUUUUUUACUUAUUCUUUACUCCCAGAAGACUGUCGGGGAAAGAAGUGUAAGUGUUCCUUACGAUUAUCUUUGGAUGGGUCCCCAGCUGGGAUUACGUAUGGGACCUGGGCGAGCUCUGGCUAUUCUUUGCGGCUGUGUAAAAGUGGGGGCGGUUCUGUCUGCUCAACAAAAACAGACACACGCAUUGUUGGGGGAACCAACUCUUCUUGGGGAGAGUGGCCUUGGCAAGUCAGCCUGCAAGUGACGCUGAGAGCCCGGAGCCACCUGUGCGGAGGGUCAAUCAUCGGACGCCAGUGGGUCCUAACUGCCGCCCAUUGCUUUGAUGGGCUUCUCCUGCCGGACAUUUGGCACAUUUAUAGUGGCAUUUUCAAUCUGUCCGAGAUAACAACAGAAACUCCUUUCUCACGAAUAAAGGAGAUUAUUAUCCACCAAAAUUACAAAGUCUCGGAAGGUGGUGAUGAUAUUGCCUUAAUAAAACUUGAGGCUCCUUUGAAUUAUACAGAAUUCCAAAAACCAGUAUGCCUACCUUCCAAAGAUGAUAAAAAUAUAAUUUAUACUAACUGUUGGGUAACUGGAUGGGGCUUCGCGGAAGAAAAAGGGAAAAUCCAAAAUACCCUGCAAAAGGCAAAUAUUCCUUUGGUAUCAAGCGAAGAAUGCCAGAAAAAAUAUAGACAUUAUGAAAUAACCAAACAGAUGAUCUGUGCUGGCCAUAAAGAAGGAGGCAAAGAUGCCUGUAAGGGAGACUCAGGCGGCCCCUUAGUUUGUAAACACAGUGGAAUGUGGCAUUUGGUGGGCAUCACCAGUUGGGGUGAAGGCUGCGGCCGCAGAGAACAACCAGGUGUCUACACCAAAGUUGCUGAGUACGUGGACUGGCUUUUAGAGAAAACCCAGCUCAGCGAUGGACACGCCAGCCUUGGAUGAAGUGACCAGCGUGAAGAAGUUUACGAGAGGUGGGAAGAAAUCCAGUUGGUAGCAUAAGUCUUACAACCUAAAUCCAAUUCAAGCCCUGAGCCGUGGGGUCGCAAAAUCAUGGCGAGCGGUAUCUACCUCGUGUCCUUGUCAUGAGGGUAAAAAGCGACGACACAUACAGAGCUGCUGAGGACAGUGUGUUGCACAGGCCAGAGUUGAACGUUCUGUAAUAAUGCUGAUAACAGGAGAUAACAAUUGAACAUUUCCAUGAUUAUUUGUUGUGCAAUAAAAUGGCAAAGGAAUGUGA